CCGGGGUGAGCCGUGAGAUAAGCUGAGGUCAUGCUCGAAUACAUGCAUACAUAAAUCGAAGCGCGGCCCGCGGCGCUUCGUUUCUCGCUCGUGGUACCGGCAUGUUACCCCUGCUGCUCGCGUCGUUGGCCUCUGUUGCCAUUUGCGAUGCAUCGCUCGCACCGAAGAAGUUUGAGACGCUCCCGCUCGGCCAGAUCCGGCCCAGUGGGUGGCUGUAUGACCAGUUGAUGGUGCAGACGACUGGUUUGGCGGGACACGAGCACGAGUUCUAUAAAUGGGUAGAGGACACAGACUGGGUCGGAGGAAGUAUGGCGUAUUCGUAUCUCGAAGAAGCUGGAAGCUAUUGGUUUAACGCGAUGGUUCCGAACGGCGUGCUUGCAGAGUCGGAGGACAUCAACAAGAAGACGAGGGAGUUCAUGGACUACGUCAUCGAUACCCAGGACGAAAGCGGCUGGCUGGGUCCCGAGGUGGGGACGGACAAGAGGCGCAUCCUGUGGGGACGCUACCCGUUCUUUCUGGGCGCGAUUCAGAUGACAGAGGCGUAUCCUGAGCUGACGGACACCGUCGUCGACGCGUUGCAUCGAUUCGUCCCUCUGGCGAACGCGAUGCUGAAGGCCGGGAAUGGCACGGAAGAGUGGGCUGCUACGCGCUGGGAAGACUUUGUUUACGUCCUGCAAUGGUUAUACGAUAACCAUCCGAAAGGCAAGGAAGAGCUGCUGAUCGAUACUAUGAAAGAGUCGAAGAUGAGUGGGAUUCCUUGGGAACUUGUGUUCUCGGAAGAGUUCUUCCCGAAACUGGAAGCGGAAAAGCUUGAGAAUCCGUUCCCCGAACUUUCUUGGCAUGGCGUUAACAUGGCAGAAGGCCUCAAGGCCCUCCCGGCUACGUAUCGGUUCACGCAUAACCAGUCUGACUUGGAUGUGGCGAGCAAGGGCUGGGACAUGCUUUUCAAGUAUCACGGUCGACCCUCCGGUGCCUUCGCCGCCGAUGAAUAUCUGGCUGGCCUCGAAGCUGUUCGAGGGACGGAGCUUUGCCUGGUAGUUGAAGCCAUGUUCUCGGGAUCUUUCUUGUACCAGGUCACUGGCGAUCUCAAGUACGCGGACCAGGUGGAGCGGAUGGCAUACAAUGCACUGCCUGCUACCCUCACUGGAGAUAUGUGGGGCCGCCAGUAUCUGCAGCAGCAGAACCAAGUCGCCAGCAAGAAUAUGACCCCUAAUCCCUUCCCUGAAGAUGGGCCCUAUUCGAACGUUUUUGGACUGGAGCCCAACUACCCGUGCUGCACCGUUGAUUUCCCGCAAGGAUUCCCCAAGUUCAUCACAAACUCUUUCUUGGUGACUGCAGACCAAGCCUCGCUUGUGCACCUCUAUCUCGGUCCGCUGAACACCACGGUCACGCUCGCAUCAGGGAACAAAGUGACCGCAAAUGUGGAGACUCUCUACCCCUUCGGCGAUACUCUGAAGACGACGCUGACUGCGCAGCAACCGUUCACGUACUUUGUCCGGAUCCCCAGCUGGGUUACGCAGGGACUGAUUUCCGUCGGUGGAGCUGCUCCGGAAGCAGUCCGUCCGAAUGAGAAUGGACUGCAUGCAGUCGAAGUCAAGGCCGGGACAACAGUCAUCAUGAUGGAACUUCCGGCGGAUAUCCGCAUUGAGAGCCGUCCUCAUGGAUCUGUUGCGGUGCACCGCGGGCCGCUCAACUACGCGUUUGACAUUCCUCGGACUGAGAAUGUGAUUGGGCAACAUCCACUAGAGCCUCGUGCGAUCGACCUCGAGUUCCUUCCGUCUGCUACUUGGGAGUACGCGAUCGAUCCUUCGACGCUCGAGUAUAGCAACGUCCCACCCGUGGACGGUCUUCUUCCAUCGCCAGUGUACGACAAAUACAUGCCGCCGACUACGCUGUCUGUGCAAGCCUGUCCCAUCGACUGGCCCCUGGACGGCGACAUGUUUGCUGCACCGCCGCCUGAAGAUCCUGUUUGCAUCGGUCCAUUCCGCAAAAUCACACUCUGGCCGUUUGGAGUGAGCACUGCUUGGCUUGGUGUCUAAGCCGUGUCACUGUCACUGAUGCACUCAUUCCAGGCUGCGAAGUUGCGGAUCAGCGA